GGGCGCUAACUCUCAAACUAACAUCAAAUCAAAAUGGCAUCACCAAGUGCGGAAAUUGAGAAGACCCUUCUAAGCUUUGAAAAGUUGGAUAGGGCCUCACCAGACUUAUGGCAGGAACAAAUUCCUGGGAUUUCCGAUUUUGCUGCAAUGGAAAGUCCAAUAACAUCACACACAUCACCGCCAUGGGAAUCGGAUUUGGAACAAAAUGACAUCGAUAUGUUGACAGAGCUUGGAAGUCUAACAACUAAGAAUUUAAUGGAAAAAGUCCGAGAUCUUCAGAAUCUAGCUUAUCAGCUAGGUUUAGAUGAAUCACGCGAAAUGACACGAGGGAAACUUUUGAACGUACUUGAAGGAGGAAAACCGAAUCGAAAGUAAUCUCCCUGAACCCAAGAAAGACUACAAAUGAAAAUACUGUCUGAGUAAUUUUAAUGUAAAAUUCUAUGUUUUAUAUUUAUAUUCCUAGAAUUUUUAUAUUUUUCUCAAAAGCAAAGAAAAAAGUGGUUAUAAAUGUGUCCGACUUUGUAUAAACUGUAAAUAUAGGUAGAUGAUUUGUAGAUAUUUAUGUUUUAUCCUAAAUAUUCAGCAAUAAUGCUGAUUAAUAAUUAAAAAAAUGUAGUAGUUAUUACAUAUUUAUUCUGUAUAAAACGCUUCUAUACGCAAGCAGCAAUUUAUGCUGCAUUCCCGUGAUCACGCCUUCACCAGUCAUGAUUUUGAAGAGGUACUGGAGACGAAGUCGUGAACACAUACGUCAUAUUUGGGCCAUAUGGCUUCAAUUUGAUUUAUCGAAGAUUAAUCAAUCACAAAAAUUGUAAUAAAAUAUAUUUUACACUUUUGGAACAAUAGGUUGAUUAAAUACUAUAAAAUGUGUGUGUAGGAAUGAAGUCAAGCCGUACAUUGUAAAUUUAUUGCGCAUCUGACUUUGGUGUGCUUAUUUUCAAUUAUAUUGGAACGCAUUUCGUUUUAUUAUCUGUGGUACUCUAUAAGCAUGAUAUUAAUGAAAACAGAACACAUCAUCUGAUAAUACUGUUAACUCAUUAACAUAUUUAAUUGUGCAUAUAACUCUAUCAAUUCAAGUUCUACAUUAUCAUCUUAAUUAAAGAUCCUACUUCCAAACACAUAUACAGUACAGUCAUUAUACCAACAUAAGGAAAGCAACAAAAUAAUGGCAAAAUGUUUUAAUAUGAUGAUUUUUUUUUGUAAUAUUAUUAAAGAUAUACUGUCUGCCAGAAGAACUGAAAAACACCUAAAAAAUUCAAGUAAAAUUUUUAAUAACUCAUUUUAAACAAUAAAAUAUUUUAUUGACUUGCUGAUUUAUAGGCAUUUUACUACAAAAAAUAUUUGAAUUUAUUACCAACCAAUUCAAGGUAUUAUUCAACUGUCCAUUUUUGACAACAUUUUUUCCCAUUCAAAUUUUCAAUUGAAUAACUUAAGUACUGUAUGCCGAUUCAGCCAUUCAAAAUGUGUAAUUGAAUUUGUCAGUUUUAUGCUAAUACAAAUAGUCCUUUAACCAGUGGCGGAUCCAGGGGGACCAAUGGAGCGACUUUUACAGACGGAGAGUGUAAAGAAAACUUAUGAGUAUAGCACCUCUACAUGCCCGGAUAUGGUACUCUCAGACCUAAACUUAACUAUAAUUUUCUUUUAUGCCUGAAUCCGCCACUGUUGCCAUACUAAUUAACAUGCAAAGGAUAAACCACAAUUCUGUAGACUCAUUCCAAUGGAUUCUUUUCAAUAAUGGUCUAGAUGUACCAUACCAAAAGGAAAGCUUAAGUGGAGGGGUCAAUGCGAAAAAUCCCCCUGGAUUCUGCAGCUACAAUAAGCUCUUUACCCUACUUUAAUUAAUAUAGGAUUAUAAGGUUCUGUACCUUUUUUGGGAGAUUUCAAGGGGGAAGCAGAAGUAAUAAAAACAAAUAAACAUUUCCAUUUUUAUAGUGGUGGCAGGUAUGCUAACUGGCCAAAAAUAAAAUU